AUGCGAGUGAAGACGGUGAUAAGGGGCAAGAGGACGGCCGGAACGGUGUACUACUGCACCAACUGCGCGAAUGACCUGGUGGCCGGAGGCGAGAUCGAUAUCUACCCCGCUCACCGCUCACAAACUCCUGCUACAAGGGGCGGGGUCACAGUGUCACUGAACAAGCGGGGUCGAUGGGACUUGCUGAAGAACCUGAAGACCAUCAAGACCCAAAAGAAGGGGUGCCCGCGGGACAAGGUGCCCCAGUACCACGACAUGGCCAAGGGCUCCUGCCAGUGCUCCGGCUACUACCCUGGUCCCAAGCCGCGAGAUAACCGACCGGCCUUCCUCCACAAGAUCCGGCCGAGCGUGGUGGUGCUAAGCCGUGACGAGGUGAUGGAGGUGCUGCCCGAGAGCGACUGGGCGCACCUGGCUGACGCGCGCGGCGUGGUGGCGGAGCAGUGGCUGUGCUUCUUCACCAAGCAGGGACACUGCGCCGAAGGGCACAGCGAAGUCGCCGCCUGGCAGUACUUCAACGGCAUGAGCCAAGAGGACCAGCAGAGCUACGGCCUGCUGCUGGUGAAGCAGGACAACGCGGAGAAGAAGGGCAAGCUCUUCCAGUGUCCGUUCCACUCCACCAUGUCCGCGCGCAACAAGCUACGACCAAAGGCGCGGGGCAAGGACAAGGGCACCACCAAGGAGCGAACGCGAAACAUGGCCGCCUCCUCCUGA